GGUUACUGAAAAUGCAAUCACCAUGCUAAUUCAAAUCAUGCGCAUCUCAUUAAAUCUUCGUCACAUGGCAUUCGAGAGCCGAUAGGGAUUCAAGAUCUGUCAUUGAGAUGCCACGCCACGCUACAAGCUCGCGCGUCUCCUGUCAUGUUCCACAAACUAACGCUUAAAUCUUUCUCCCGAUAACGGGGUUCGAUCUCUGCUGAAUUUGCAUCGCCAGAGAAUAUCCGAACAUUAACCUAGCCCGAUUCUCAAGCAAAUCCCAAUCAGUCUUUUUAAAUUCCCUCAGCUUACCAUGUUCGGUCCAAGCACAACGUAUGUGCAAGGAUUUCCCCCCAAGCCUCGGUACAAAGUCGCUACACUUCUCCAGUCCUCCACACUCCACACUCCACUAAACAUCGUAGCAGCCAAGAAUGAGAAAAACUAGGCUCGGGGAUGACGGGCGGAAUAUACUAGACGAGUCAAAAGAAUCAACAGUAUCUUUCUUUUCUGACACGAAGGCGAUUUUAUGGCAGGAAAGUUCCUGGUUUCUGGGACGAACUAAGAUAAAGGAGCAUGCAAGUCAACAAGCAUACAAGCAACUCCCUCGUAAAGGCACUUGAAAGAAAACCUUGACACCUCAACUAGUGCUUGGGGUAAAAAUGGGGGUACAUGAGUGCGGGGACUCCACGCACUCCAAAAGAGCAUCUAGAAUAUAUUUACAAUGUGACACUGACCCCGCAAAACAAUGCAUGCAAAUAGUAUAAAGAGGAAGGUGAUCUGCGCUUCCUUUCGCGGUGGUUUCUAUUACUUCGAAUAUCCUAUCUCUCUCUCUCUCUAUCUACCUCCCUUUUCUUAUUCUGUCUUCGCCCUUCUCAGCAUUCAGAGGACAAUCCUCGCUCACCUCUCACACCAUGUCCAAAUCCGAAGCAGAACACUUCGAGACGGGCGCCGGCGAGCACCCGCCUCUCCAGGAGAUUCCCAGCGCAAUGGAUAUUGAUGCCAAAGAAGCCCAUGGGCAAGUAACCCAGAUCCAAACUGCAUCUGUCGCCUUGGCCGCUGCUGUUGCCGCGCAGAAGCCCCGUCUACUGAGUCGAAAUAUGAUACAGUUGUAUGCGAUCAUGGGCGUUGGCUAUUUAGUCUCCACUAUGAAUGGUUUUGAUUCCUCUCUCAUGGGCAGUAUAAACGCCAUGAUUCCCUACCAAGAAUCAUUCGGACUCAGUGGUGCUGGUUCCUCAACUGGAGUCAUCUUCAUCAUCUACAACAUGGGACAAAUUGCCGCCUUCCCCUUUUGUGGAUUACUCGCAGACGGCUACGGUCGUCGCAUGUGUAUAUUCAUCGGGUGUCUCAUCGUACUCAUCGGAACCGCCAUUCAGGCCGCCGCACACGCACGAGGCCAAUUCAUCGGGGGUCGAUUCGUCCUCGGUUUCGGCGCCGCGCUUGCUUCUGCUGCGGGCCCAGCUUAUACAGUCGAGUUAGCGCAUCCUGCCUAUCGGGGAACCAUGGCAGGGAUGUACAACAAUUUCUGGUGGAUGGGCAAUAUAUUGGCUGGAUGGACAACUUACGGAUCGAACAAAAAUUUGACAGAUUCGUGGGCCUGGAGAGUGCCAACGUUGGUACAAGCAGGUAUUCCGGCGAUUGUGAUGGUCUUGAUUUUGUUUUUCCCAGAGUCUCCUCGUUGGUUAAUCGCGCAUGAUCGAAGAGAGGAGGCCCUCGCAGUCUUCGCUAAGUAUCAUGGAGAUGGCGAUGAACAGUCGCCGAUUGUUCAACUGCAAUAUCAUGAGAUCAUUGAACAAUUGCAAAUGACCAGAAAUGACAAUCCCUGGUGGGAUUUCCGCGAAUUGGUCAACACUCCUGGAGCAAGAUAUCGUUUGUAUAUGGUUAUCGGAAUGUCAUUCAUUGGCCAAUGGUCUGGAAAUAACGUCGUCAAUUAUUUCAUGCCCGAAAUGAUCAAGAAUGCAGGCAUCACAAGCACUAACAAACAACUUCUCAUCAACGCCAUCAAUCCCAUUUUCUCCAUGAUUGGGGCCGUCUACGGAGCUACUCUACUCGAUAAACUUGGUCGCCGAACCAUGAUGUUAGCUGGACUUUCCGGAGCACUGCUCUCCUACAUCAUGCUCACUGCAUUCACAGCGGCAUCAGAAGACCACCCCAACCUCUCCUACGGCGUCAUCGUAUCAAUUUUCCUCUUCGGAGUCAUCUUUGCUUGGGGUUUCACACCACUCCAAACCUUAUACGCUGUAGAAUGUUUGGAAAAUCGAACUCGUGCCAAGGGCUCUGGAUUGAAUUUCCUUUUCUUAAACAUUGCCAUGGUAGUAAAUACCUACGGUAUCAGUGUUGGCAUUGCUGCCAUUGAAUGGAAAUUAUACUUGGUGUACAUUGCAUGGAUUUGCGUCGAAUUGGUUCUUAUCUACUUCUUCUUUGUCGAGACAGCUGGAAAGACGUUGGAGGAAAUGGCUUCAAUUUUCGAUGCUCCUAAUCCACGAAAAGAGAGUACGAAAAAGACUAGUGUGGCUCUUGACGAAUCUGGACGAGUAAUGGGUAUUAAUGAUAACGUGUAGGUUGAGAGCAUGGAGAUGGGCAAAUAAUGAACGCAUAGUCUCACGAAUCUUGAACGAACA